CAUCUUUUCGAUUCGGCCAUAGAAGAUCGUCCUACUGCGAAUCUCUGUCUGAUAAUAAUUGCUCUCUCAAUCUGGGCAAGGCGUACACUGUUACUAGUCUUGGGGGUGUCAGCGAAAGACAUGGCCACGAAGAAGAAGAUCAUCAUCGACACCGACCCCGGCAUCGACGAUGCCAUGGCGAUUUUCGUCGCGCUGCGGUCGCCGGAGGUGGAGGUGAUUGGCUUAACCACCAUAUACGGGAACGUCUACACGACUCUGGCCACCAGAAAUGCCUUGCACUUGCUGGAGGUUGCAGGACGGACCGACAUUCCUGUGGCUGAAGGGUCCCAUGUGACAAUUACCAAAGGUACAAAGCUUCGAAUUGCGGAUUUUGUGCAUGGCAAUGAUGGACUUGGCAAUCAAAACUUCCCUCCACCAAAAGGAAAACCAAUAGAACAGUCAGCAGCCACUUUUCUCAUUGAGCAAGCAAACCUUUAUCCCGGGGAAGUUACUGUGGUUGCAUUGGGCCCGCUCACAAAUAUUGCACUGGCUCUUCACCAAGAUCCAACCUUUUCCAGAAAGAUUGGGCAGAUCGUGCUUCUUGGCGGAGCUUUUUCGGUGAAUGGCAAUGUGAAUCCAGCAGCUGAAGCCAAUAUUUUUGGCGACCCAGAUGCUGCAGACAUUGUUUUUACCAGUGGGGCUGAUAUUCUGGCUGUAGGAAUAAAUGUAACCCAUCAAGUUGUUUUGACAGAUGCAGAUAGAGAUAAGUUGGUUCAAUCAAAUGGAAGACUUGCUCAGUACCUUUCCAGAAUCUUGGAAGUGUACUUUUCCUAUCAUUGCGAAGCAUACUUCACCAAAGGAGUUUACCUCCAUGAUCCGACAGCAAUGCUUGCAGCUAUUGACCCUUCACUGGUAACUUUCACUGAAGGUGUGGUUAGAGUGCAAACAACCGGGAUCACGAGAGGGCUCACUAUACUAUACAACAGACAGAAAAGGUUUGGUGAACACACAGAAUGGUCCGACAAACCGACAGUGAAGGUGGCGGUGACUGUUGACGCUCCCUCUGUUGUGAAAUUAGUCCUGGAGCGACUCAUGGAGUCAUGACUUGAGAUGGCGCCAGGUGAUUGAUCGAACGAAUCAGGUAAAGCUUACUGUAGACCAAUGAAGGCUUUGUUCGAAGGUCAUAGUGUCAAUUGACUGGCUCAGACCGGCGGAAUCAAAGUGCUGGUUGCCGGAUUCGGAAAUUCCUUAGGUCUGUGCUCGUCCCCACAACUCGGAACAUCUGAUUUGGUUUUCUUGUAUCAUGUUGAAGCAACUGCGUGCUUCUUGCAUAAUUUGAACAGUGUAAUGUCCCAUCUCUGAGUCUGAGUCAUCUGUCAUAAUUUGAGAAGUUGCUUGGAAUAAAACCUUCCCCUUAUCUUGUGUGAAAAGGAGGAGGAAAGACUC